AUGUGGGCUUACAGCUUAGAAGGACGAGUCUUCGAUUUCGACGGGAGGAAACUCAAAAUCGAGGAGCAACUCUCCGAGGUUCUGGAUAUGCGAAUGGGCCAACGCCAUGUUCUAGCAAAGGCCAGAAACAUAGACAACCAAAAACCGUCUUUGCUCAAGAUACGCUACCAACUGGACCCAAAAUACUUUGACUUCGACGAUCUAAAUGAUGAAAUUCUGGAGAUCGCCGAGCAACAUUACUGCCAUGAGGUUGAGGCUACAAUACUCUUGUCUAAAGCUGGACUCGGACCAAAAUACCUUAAGCAUCAAACUCAGGAUCAGCCUGAGUGGAUGCCUUUUCCCGACGGCUAUGUCGACUUCAUCGUCAUGAAACCUCCUCCCGGUGAGAAUCUGGAUGAGAUCCAUGAAGAGCUCACCGAUCGCCAGCUCGCGAGUAUCCGAACCCAGCUCGCGCAUAUUUUAGAGACGAUGCGCCAGAAUAGCUAUAAGCUAAUCCAGGAACAUCCCAGCUAUCUCAACUACGAUGCGCGGACAAACAAGCUUUAUUUAAUCGACCUCGAGGGCCUUGCAUUUACGGACCCGACCAGCAGCACAUCGUUUCCGGUCGACGAGGAGAGCCCCUUCGUGGAAGCAUUCAAUAUCUGGCGUGCGCCGUACAGGAAGCCUGAGGAGGGACCAUCAGGAAAGCAGCCGACCAAACUGAAAAGUCGGCCCCCUUGGAGAGCUUAA